GUGGAAAGAGAACCGUCAAGUGGAAGCAUUUGAUCCGAAACGUAGAACUGUGAAAGAGUGAAUUUCAUUGUAUCACUAUUUACGUUUCAUUUCUUCUUCUAUUGUGUUGCCACUCUGAAACCUCAAUUCCCAACUGUUUUAGACUUCCAAAUCCAAAAUCUCCAUUGUUAAACACUUCCUUCAACCUUCAACCUUCAAACCCAUUUCCAUUUUUCCCUUCUUCAAUUCAAAUUCCACUUUAAUCGCCACUUCCAACCAACCCCAUUUCAUCGUUCUCACUGACGGAUUCCACCCAGAUCCGUCCUUCAUGCUGUCUCCACCCCAUCAUUAGUCAAUUCAUUCCAUAAAUUUCCCGUCUUUCUUCCCAAUAGAAGAGCUGGAUCCGACUCCCGAACCACCGCAGUCCUCCUUGAAGGCUCCCCCUGCCUCCAAUUCCACCGGAAACGGUCAGAUCCGUUACCGAUCUCCGUCUUCCGCUGAGCUUCUUGAAGGCCAAUCCGCUUCUCUUCCACUUCAAGAUCAACAGAAGCUACUUCAGUUGGAGUUUGACAAGAUGCAUAAGCGUUCCGGGAAGCCACAGUCCGAAUCUUUUUCGAAUAAGAUCUAUAGAUUCAGAGGGGUGUUAUUGCUUAUCUCUCUUUCUCUUUUCUUAAUCGCAUUUGUUCUUUAUCUCAUGCCGGCCCGUGAGGAUUACUCUUUCAACCACCGCAAAGUUUCCCCUGAUCAUAGGUCGUCUUCUUCUUCCAAGACCUCUUUUGCUGUUAUUUUUGAUGCUGGUAGCUCUGGGAGUCGUGUCCAUGUCUUUUGCUUUGAUCAUAAUCUCGAUCUCCUCCCCGUUGGAAAGGAUAUCGAACUUUUCGAACAACUUAAACCAGGACUGAGUGCAUAUGCUGACAGCCCCAAGGAUGCGGCAGCUUCUCUAAUUUCCCUUUUGGACAAAGCUCAAGAUGUUGUUCCAAAAGGGCUGCGGCCAAUGACUCCUGUUAGAGUUGGGGCAACUGCUGGCUUGAGGGCCUUGAAAGGUGAUGCAUCUGAUAGAAUUUUGCAGGCGGUUAGGGAUCUCCUGAGAGACAAAAGUGAACUCAGGUUGGAAGGAGAUGCUGUGUCUGUGAUUGAUGGAACUCAAGAAGGAUCUUACCUUUGGGUGACUUUAAACUAUCUGCUCGGGAACUUGGGUAAGAAGUAUUCAGAUACAGUCGGAGUUGUAGAUCUUGGAGGAGGAUCUGUUCAAAUGGCAUAUGCUAUCUCAGAAAAGGAUGCUGCUCGAUUAUCAGAUGCAGAGGGUGCAUACAUAAAAAAGAUGUAUCUGAAGGGAGCAACUUAUUAUCUCUAUGUUCACAGUUAUUUGCAUUAUGGGUUACUAGCUGCCCGAGCGGAGGUUCUGAGUGUUUCUGAAGAUUCUAGCAAUGACUGCAUCCUAUCUGGCUACGAAGGAGCAUACCAUUAUGGGGGAAAGGACUACAAAGCAUCGGCGUCUUCAUCAGGGUCCAGCUUGAAUGGAUGUAGGAGCACGGUUUUGAAGGCUCUCAAGGUUAACGAAUCCACAUGUACUCACAUGAAAUGCACUUUUGGUGGUGUUUGGAAUGGCGGAGGAGGAGAUGGCCAGAAGAAUCUCUUCGUUGCUUCAUUUUUCUUUGACAGGGCAGCUGAGGCUGGUUUUGCUGACCCCAAUGAGCCAGUUGCUAAAGUUCGCCCGGCAGACUUCAGCGAUGCAGCAAAGCAGGCAUGCCAAAUCAAACUUGAGGAUGCUAGUACGUAUCCCCAUGUCGAGAAGGAUAACCUGCCGUAUUUGUGUAUGGAUCUUGUGUAUCAGUACACACUACUCGUAGAUGGAUUCGGGCUGGAUCCAUGGCAAGAGAUCACAUUGGUGAAGAAGGUUAAAUAUCAGAACUCCUUGGUUGAAGCUGCAUGGCCUCUAGGUAGUGCCAUCGAAGCUGUCUCGUCGUUAGCAUAAAACAUUGUUUGGUGGAUCCAUCCAUUGGAAACUAGAGUGGAGCUCUUGUUUGUUGGCGAGGCGUUGAUUUGUCAAUCGGAGGUAAUGGGGAAAGUUUCAUUUAGAUUGGAUUAAGAAUUUGAAUUUUGGUUGGGCUGUUGGGAAUAAUUGGAAUGUAAUGAUGGAAUCACAAUUUUUGUGUAAUAACUCACGUACUAAGCCAAUUUUAUACAAGUUGAUAGAGAGCCAUUCUUUUA